AUGUACAGGGGUCUGUUCAAUGUUAAGUCCGCAUAUCAUGUGGCUAGGAGGCUCUUAAUUGAUGUGAACCGAGGUGGAACAUCGAGGGAUUGUGCUGCAAAAAAUGUCUGGACUGCAAUAUGGAAGCUUCGGCUUCGAAACAAAAUAAAAGUUUUUGCCUGGAGAGCUUGCCACGAGAUCCUCCCAACUGCAGCGAAUCUGACCAGAAGAAAGGUGAUUACGGAUGAUAAAUGCUCGGUCUGUACAAGGGAAACGGAGUCCACCUUUCAUGCACUUUGGGAUUGUGCAGCGGUCCAAGAUAUCUGGGCUGGAAGUUCUCGAAAGUUGCAGAAAGCUAGACACGGCCAGACUGAUAUGAUGCACCUGAUGGAGGAGUUCUUGGAGCGCCUUUAUCAAGAUGAGCUUGAGUUAUUUUGGACCCAAGCGUGGAUAGUUUGGAACCAGCGUAACUGCUUGCUGCAUGGAGGAAAAAUGAAGGUUCCAAAUAGUUUGACUAAUCGGGCUGAGGACUAUAUUACAGAGUUCAGAAUCGCGCAAACCCGGCUGGACGCACAGAGGACACAGCAACCAAAAGGAGAUACAUGGCAGCCACCACCACCAGAGGCGUACAAACUGAAUUUUGAUGCAGCUGUAUUUCCGGAUUCAGGCAGAACAGACUAUGGUGCAAUUAUUUGA